GGGGCUUCGUAGUGCGCCUGUGUGUGCAACAACGCGAAACGUGUCGGAUUUUUCACACGCCAACAAACAAGCAAAAAAAAAACAACUAAAGACUCCAUGACAAAGCAGUUCGCGAGGCGAACGCGUAUUUUUGUUGUGAGUUUAAAAAAGUUUAUUGAAAUCAUCAAAUGACUUUUUGAAACCGGUUGAAACGCUAUAGGAAGUAGGCACGACAGUUAUAUAAAACUAUAAUAUUCGGUUUUCUUUUGCAGGUAUAACGAGUAAACGAGUUUGUCUUUUGUUUUGUGUGAUUUUAGCCACAGUUCUUGUUUUAUUUAAAAAAAAAGUGUUUGAAGACUGUUGAGUGAAAUCGAGUGACGCUAACCGAAUCAGAAUGUCCACCCUGCUGUUUUGGCAGGGGCGUGGUAAAACCAACGGUGCCCCCAACGGCCGAAACUGGAUACACGCGCCCGACGCCUUAGUCAAAGGACAUGUAGCGUAUCUUGUCAAGUUCCUCGGAUGCACACAAGUAGACCAACCCAAAGGCAUAGAGGUAGUCAAGGACGCAAUAAAAAAACUGCAGUUCACACAACAACUCAAGAAGUCAGAAACUAAAGAUGCGGCCAAAUGUAAAAAGGUCGAGAUCACGAUAUCGGUCGACGGUGUUGCCAUACAGGAGCCAAGAUCCAACAACAUUAUGUACCAGUUCCCGCUUCACCGGAUAUCAUACUGCGCGGAUGAUAAAGGCGCGAAAAAGUACUUCUCGUUCAUCGCCAAAGGUGGCAGCACUGUCAACGGUGUGAACGGCCACGACAACACCCCCAACCUUGAAAAACACGAGUGUUUUGUUUUUAUAUCAACAAAACUAGCCUCGGAAAUUACUUUAACUAUCGGUCAAGCUUUCGAUUUAGCUUACAGGAGAUUCUUGAACGAUAAUGGAAAGUAUAUUGAGAUGCAGAAACUCAGUUUGCACAACAAGAAAUUAGAACUGCAGGUGAACGCGUACAAAAAUCGUUUACAGGAGUUAUCAAAGAUUACAUACAAGGAUGAUCUGUCAGCGUACCUAGCGAGGAACAGCCUCUCAGAGAUCGCCGAGUUCAAACCACCACCAGAGUUAGAGAAACAGAUCUCCUCUCUCACACUCGCCAACGGUUUCAGCGCUAUGAACGGGAACAAAACGCCUGAAAUCUCAACAGACGCACUGUCCAACAAUUCAACAGAUACGUUCAAUUCUAGCAACGACAACAACUUAUUGUUAUCCACACCACCACCCACGCACAAUGGGAAAAACAACUUUAAUACUGGUAAACUCUUGGGCGAUCUGUCGUCAAGCAAGAAUCCCGUAGUAGGCACUAAACUGGAAGGAUUACUACUGAAUUCGGACUCAGAUAGUGACUUCGACCCACGCGCAUACGAGUCUGAACCCGUGACUCGGUUCGCUGCACCCGUCGAGAACGCCACACCCACUCCGCCACUGCUAGCUCCACCCCCGAAAUCUUCAAAACGCCAAUCGCCACAACAAGUCGCGCCGCAACCGCAACAUUCAACCCCUGUCGCAAUAAACAGCGACAUCUUCGGUUCAACCCCGUUCAUGCCAGCGCAACCACAGUCUGCACCACAGACUUCACCCUUCGUCACCGCCUCCACGAAGCCCAACUACGACAUAAGUGACUUCAACCUCCAAACUUCAGUCUUUAACACCAACACGUCGUUUACGAACGGGCUAUCCGGCUACGACCCGUUCGACACCGCCAAGACUGGGAACAUCUUCGGUAACGGCUUCGGAAACACCUUCAACGGUUUCGGUAACCUGAGUGAAAAGCAGACUGUUGAGUUGGACAGCAGUUUCAAUGGAUUCCUAGAUAAAACCAUUUCGGAGAUGAAGGAUGGUUUCAGCCGAGGGAUCAGCUUUGGAAACGAUGAUUUUUCAAUAGACAACCUCGAUCCCCUGAAGAAGAAUUAAGAAAAUAGUUUAUUUUCUCGAAAAAUAAAUAUAAUAGGUAAUUUAGUUGAUAAUUAUAUGUGAAUCUCGUCUCGAUGCACACGACAUAGAAUAAAAUGCAAUAAAAUAAUAUUAUGUGAAACGUAAUUCGAUUUUAGUUAUAGUUAUUUUUAGUUUUUAAGGCGUCGUGUGGAAAGAGCCGAUAUUUUUAUAGUUAUGUGUUGCCAUGUUAUUGGUUACAAGUGUAGUAUUCGACAAAUUCGUGAUAGUAGUUAUUUUAAUUAUGUUUUUUCCUAUUAAAAAACAUACUUCUUUGAACUUCCACCUUCUAUGAAUCUCGAUAAUAACCAGUAAUGUGACAAAACAUUACUAUGUAUGAAUAUAAUUUUAUUGGAAAAAAAAUGAAUUUUUGGUGAUAAUAUUAUUAAUAUUAUACACUAUUAUGUAAUUAUGCUCAAUGUCAUUCCAAAAGUGCCUUAAUUUAUAAUAAAUAUCAAAACAACAACAUAAAAAUAUUAUGACUUUUUCUAUUAAGUUAUUUGUAAUGUAUAAUCAAAAUUCAUAAUGCAUGUUUCAUAUUUAGAUUUUAGGACAAUAAUAUGAAUUUAAAUAAUAACUGAAUGAAAAAAAAACGUGGACCAAAAUUUACCAGUCGAGAGAAAAUUUGAAGAACGCCUCAAAUUAUUCUGUGAUAAUUCUCUUUAUGUUGAGGGGCUUCAAAUACUUUUUAAUUUAUAUAGGUAUAACUAACAAAAAACGUCCGAAAACGACCGGAACCAACCAUAAAAGCGUCGCUUUUUUACUGGCUGUAUAUAAACAAUGUUUACCGUCGUAUUUAUGUAUACAAGUAUACCUACGGAUGACAUUGUAGCUAUAAGGGUCAACAUUCCAUGAACAUAUUUUACAAUGAUAACUAUUUUAUUACUAUUGUGCAUUGCCUUUACAGGUCAAUGCUGCUGUAUAUAAAGUGUAAAAA